ACAGUCUUGGUCUGAGCUAGAGGGGAAAUGAGAGCCUGAGUAGGUGGCUGGAGACUGAGGGAGCAGCAGAUCUUUGUCAUUUCAAUCAACAGUUGGUGGGGAGGACGGCUUAUUGGUGGAAGAAGGAAGUCAGAGCAGAGACACUGAAAAGCAGGUUUGCUGAAAACAGAGGGGAGUGGAGAAACAUCUGCAGGCGACAUGGUGCCUCUGCAGCUCACCCUGCUGGCUGCUCUUCUCCUGGGGACUCACAGUGCACAAGCAGUCCAGGAACCCAUCUUGUUCCACGUCAUCCAGAUCACGUCCUUUGUCAACGAAUCCUGGGCACAGCAUCAGGGCUCAGGCUGGCUGGGUGACAUACAGACUCAUGGCUGGGACAACAAGUCUGGCACAAUAGUUUUCCUGCACCCUUGGUCUAAAGGCAACUUCAGCAACGAGGAAUUGACUGACCUGGAGCUUCUGUUCCGUGUCUACCUCAUUGGAUUAACUCGAGAGUCUCAAGAAUAUGCCAGCCAAUUGCACUUCAAGUAUCCCUUUGAAGUACAGGUGACAGCUGGCUGUGAGCUACAUUCUAGUGAUGUCACAAAAGCCUUCUUACAGGCAGCUUAUCAAGGAUCAGAUUUCCUGAGUUUCCAAAACUUGUCAUGGGUGCCAUCUCCAGGGAGUGACAGCAAAGCCCAGAGUGUCUGUGAUCUCCUGAACCAGUAUGAAGCCAUCAAGGAAACAGUGCAGAGGCUCAUCACAAACACCUGUCCCCAAUUUGCCUUGGGUCUCUUUGAUGCAGGGAAGGUGGAUCUCCAGAAGCAAGUGAGGCCAGAGGCCUGGCUGUCCAGCGGCCCCAGCCCUGGUCCUGGCCGUCUGCUGCUGGUGUGUCAUGUCUCUGGCUUCUACCCAAAGCCAGUGUGGGUGAUGUGGAUGCAGGGUGAGCAGGAGCAGCCAGAUACCCAGCGAAGUGAUGUCCUGCCUCAUGCUGAUGGGACAUGGUAUCUUCGGGUGACACUGGAUGUGGCGGCACGGGAAGCAGCCGGCCUGUCUUGCCGAGUGAGACACAGCAGUCUAGGGGGCCACGACAUGGUCAUCUACUGGGGACACCACCUUUCCAUGUACUUGAUCCUGUUGGCCGUGAUAGUGCCCCUAAUUCUUCUGAUAGUCAUUGCAUUGUGGCUUAAGAAGCGCUGCUCCUAUGAAGACAUCCCGUGAGCUUCCUCACCAAGCCUUCCCCGAAGGCCCAGGAGCCUAGGACAUCAGAGUGAUACCAUUCUUUCCACCCUCCAUUUAAUUUUGUUCCUGUUUCUGCUUUAUAAUCAUCAGUUCACACAAACUAGUCUAGUCAGAUCACUCUGUAUGGAAUGCCUUCUUUAUAAUCUCCAUUUGUUUAAUAGUCUUCAACUUCUGAAGCCUAUUAUGAUUCAUAUCCUCCAGAAUCUUCCCUAAUUUGUUGGUAAGAAGCUCUUCAACUCUGUUGUAUGGGCAUCUCAUUUCUCCCUGCACGGCAGCACCUUAGUGCUUUCUUCCCUUCCAAUAUGCAAGCUCCUUUGAGACAAUGAUCAUGAUGAAGGUGUGUUUUUUGCAGGUAAAACGUGCUCGGUGAAAAUCAAACCCAAACAAAGGAUAUUCAAGUUGGACGUACUGUCCUACUGACUUUCCUCAUUAUGUUCACUCCUGCCAUGGUUAUAGGUUUUGAAGGAUUGAUGUUUCCCUCAUUCUUUAAAUGUUUCUUAAGUGGCUCCCAAAUCCCAUAUCACUUUAGCUCCCUCAUUUUCUCACUAAACUCUUAAGGAAAAAUGCAACUUUGCUCCUUGCCGAGCUUAUUUUCCAAAUACAAUGAUGCUACUCUUUCCAACUUAUUCCAAACAUGAAGAGAGAAAGACUGUGCAAUGGGGCAGACAUGUCGCUGAUGGUUAACAAAACAGAACAAGAGAGCUGGUCACCAAGGUUAGGGUGGCAUCAAGGCAAGGGAAGUUUAUGGAAGUCAACCCCCUCCAGGGGUGGCACUAUCUCAGAUACCCUUGCCUGGACUUUGUUUUCUUUGAGACUCAUUCACUAAUUCAAGUAAUACUUCUCAGGCUCUGAACACGGGACAGGCACACUUGUGAACUGAUCGAGGAGGAAACAGUGGGGACUGUAUCCACCUGACCGGUGUUGCAAGGUCCAUUUUUUUCAGUCUGUUCAUGUCCUUUGUACUUGGUACUUUUUUUUGUUUCAGUUUGGAAAUUUUUAAUCAACUUUAUCAAUGUAUAAUUUACAUACCACAAAAUCCAUCUGUUUUAAGUAUACAAUUCCAUUCAUUUUGACCUAUGUCAAAUAGGUCAAACUUAUAAAGUAAGAACACAGUCAAGGUAUAGCACAUCCCAUUACCCCAGUACCCCCAUGCCCAUUUGCAGCUAAACCUAACACCAACCAGGAAGACUUGCAAAUACUGGUAUGCUUACUGAUAUAGUUCAGCUUAGAUGUGUCUUUUCUAUAAUUUUAUUAAAAUAAAAUAACUUAUAUAAACCA